AUGAGAAAGAUCAGCAUCAUAGCCCUUUCAGGACUGUCAACUCUCUCAGUUGCCUUUGCAUCAAGUGCUUAUUCUGGAGACUUGUCUUCAAUUUGCCAGUAUUUUGAAGUUUCUGAUGAGGCUGCGACACUGGGCUUGUCACUUUAUGUCCUAGGCUUCGCGAUAGGGCCUUUGCUGCGGGCCCCCAUGAGUGAGGCAUUUGGCAGAAUAAUCGUGUUCUUGGUCACUUUCAGCCUUUUCACUAUCUUCAACAUUGCGGCAGCAAUUUCCGCCAAUUUCGCUUCCGUGGUCAUUUUCAGAGCUUUGGCAGGAAUGUUCGGCAGUGCACCUCUCACCAACUCUGGAGGGGUUGUGGCCGAUCUCUACAGUGCGGAAACGAGAGGACUUGCUGCGGUGUUCUACUCUUGUGCCACCUUCUUGGGCCUGUUCUGGGCCCCAUUGCGGGCGGAUUUCUCGGCGAGGCUCAAGGAUGGAGAUGGUGACGUUCUCCUUCGCCGACGAGCCGUCAUGCUUUCGAUGAAGACGGGAAAGUUAUAUGUCACCAGCGUCGAUCAUCGCAACCCUCCAGGGUCUCUGGCGGAGAGGUUUCAAGUAUCAACGACCCGUCCUUUGCAUCUGCUCUCCAAAGAGCCGAUCGUUGUCGUUCUCGCGCUUUAUAUGUCUUUCCUUUACGGCACCACCUAUCUGCUACUAGCAGCACUACCCAUCGUGUUCCAACGUGUCCGCGGAUGGAGCCCAGGGAUGGGUGGGCUUGCAUUCGUACCUAUUGCAAUAGGCAUGCUUUUCGCCACGGCUUUUAUGGUCUUCAUCAACCGUCAAUACACAAGGAAAUUCAGAGCGUCCGAGACUGGCCAGCUGCCUCCCGAAGCACGCCUGCCUUCAGGCAAGGUUGGCGCUGCUCUUAUUCCUAUCGGUCUAUUCCUUUUUGCAUGGGCCAAUGACCCCUCGAUCCACUGGGCUGUUUGUAUGGUGGGUACUGCCUUCUUUGGGUUUGGCAAUAUCUGUGUCACAUUAGCAUUGGUCAACUAUCUUGUCGAUAGCUGUUCGAUAUUCUUGAAGCAUGACUAG